AAUAAUCACAAUGAGGAAUCACGGUCAAAUAUAAGCUCGGAUCCCGGAGUCAGUGAGAAAUUGCUUCAUUAAGAGAAAGGUUCAAAUCUAUAGGAUAGCUUAUAACCAUGGUCAAGGUAAACUUACCUCUGAAUCUUUCCACGACGGAGACACCAAUAAAUGUCACCGGAAACUCUACCUUCCAGAACACCACAUCGGGUUGGAGCGCUAGAUGGCAUGACCGUACCCCUGUCAUCCUGUCCGUUUCCACCAUCAGUUUAGUGGCUGUAUUCUCCAAUCUAACCCUGCUCCUAAUCAUUCUAUCCCGGAAAGAGCUCCGCUCGGUUGUCCUGUUUUGGAAUGUUGCCGGAAUGUGCGUCUGCAAUCUAGUUUUCGGUACAAUCACUAAUGCGCUUGGUGACAGCCGCCAUAUUUACAAUGAGUGGUUGCAUGGGGCUGUUCUAUGUAAACUAUUUUCUGUGUUCAAACUUUCCUCCACUCACAUCAUGAGCAUGAUCCAGAUCACCAUAGUAACAAGCCUCUUUCUGAAGGUUCGGCAGUCACUAUCUCCUCCGUCUAACGUCACAUCACGAGUUUGGACCGCUAUUCCUUACUUUCUGUUUGUGUUACCAUGGCUUGUUGAGGUCGCCUUGUUUCCAAUGAUUAUACUUGGAGAAAUAAAGAAUCUGCCUGAUUUUGCGAAGAAAUACAGUUCUCUUAUGUGCUAUCAUUUCAUGGAGCGAAAUUAUCGAUACGCCGGAGUGUUCUUAUUCAGUUUGCUUUUCUUUAUUGUUGUCAUCCUCAGUAUAGCUCUUUUCCUUUACUAUCGAUUCAAGAAAGCGUCAUAUGAUCGUCUGCUGGCCGAUGACGCGGUGCGUCACAAUGAAACUCUCCAUUCAAUGUUGAUUGCGACUCUCGGAUCCUCGACUGUCUUUAGCCUGUUCUUUGCGCCGUACAUACUGAAUAUGCUGGUCAUAAUAACUUGCAAUCGUUCUUGGUGUCGCCCGAAUAUAAAAUCUUUUGACGCUGUAUACGUUUUGGGUUGCGUUUCCUACGCCAUUACGCCUAUACCUUGGUUUGCCUACGUCGAUAUAAAGUACGUUUUCACGGAACUCAUGAAUAAGGUGAAAGGUUGCGUGAGGUCAUCCGUGUCCCAGUGUAGGGGGUGUUGUAGAACGAGGCUGGAAUCCAUCACGGUGGAGUGGUCCCAGAGUCAAUCUGACGUCAUGAAACGGGGAAAGUAGAGACUCUAAAUAUAAACCCAAAACUGAUUGUAUUUCAAAUCGUUGUCAAAUAAGCAAUUGAAUGUAUCAUUAGAAACAGUUUAUUUGGAAGUAUAUUCCUCAUCAUAAUCAUAAAAAAUGUGACAAAUAAUUAUUGGUAUAAACUUUUUGGUCGGAUCAAUCUAUAUACAUGUAUGAUAAGAGUUAAUUUUGCCACCCUUAAAAUCAACAUUUUAGAAUGAUAUUCAUAUAUUAUGUAUAACUGAUUUUUAUAUUGUAGAAGAGAUUGCAUAAGAAAUAUUUCCAAAACACUUUUCACAUUCAUAUAUGCAUUCACAGGCUAAAAAUUUAAUGAUGUUAGAAAGGGUGCUAUUUUUUCAAACCAACCAAAAUAAGACAAAAAAGGGCGUUAUCUUUAAAUUUUUCUUAGGGGAAUCCAAGAGCGCAGCUUCGAACAUUCAAAUUUUCAAAUUGUCAGUUAGUAGUCUUGAAGAUACAUCGUUGGUAAAAAUAUUAUGUUCCCCAAACGAAGUUUGGUGACAUAUUGUUUUUACUUUCUUCUGACUUUUCUUCUUCUUCCUGGGUACUUUUUUGUGCGCGAGUGUUCUCGUAAACUACUCAUCCGAUCUAGGUAAAACCUUUUUAGGGUUACUACGUAUAUGUUAUGCAGAUGUGCGGAACGAAGGUCAUUUUGCGCGCACGUGCGUGCAUGUGCCCGCACGUGUAACACGUGAAAUGACCAAUAUAAUUGAAAUAGCCGCAUAUACAGGUAAGUAAAAAAAAAAUUCUCUGGUUGUCCCCUCCCCACUUUCAAAAAGGAUGCUACGUGCCUGAUUCAAGUCACUUAUAAUAUAUUGCGCUUUCACUGCUAUUCUUAUACUAUGUGUGCAAUGACGAUGAAUUCUACUUAAAUCAAUUUAUUUGAGAAAAAAAAGGUUAUUUCAUAGUUGUUUAUCCUCAAAUACACCUGUUUGAUAUUAUUCUUUAACAUCUAGUUAUCAAGCUAAGUGGAUUAAGAAAUAUUUUUGUAAUUAUUGAAAAAAGGGGAAAGUGUAAUUAUGUUGAAAACAAAUAUGAAAUUUUCUGAUCAUGAUAAGACACGAAAUAUGUUAAAAAUAUAUGUAGCACCUUAUAAUUCAAUUCAAGUAAACUCCAAAGAAAUCUAGGAUUCUCUCUGAGUUUUCUGUUCACCGACUAUUAUUAGCGUCAUCUUUAAUUUGUGAUUCAUAAGUUUGAAAUCAAUCCCCGACGAUUAAUUAUUGUCGAGGAAAACAUUUUUAUUUACAAUUACAAGGCAAAUUAAUUAGUUCGAAGCGAUAAAAUUUUGGUAGUUAAAGUAGGCCGCCAAACCUGCUCAAGUUUUUUCGUACUCGAAUAACAGUUUGUGAAUCUUGUCGCCUACAUGUUAUAAUUUUGCGUCUCCAAAACACGUCUGCUGGAGACAUUAUUUCUUAUCAAACAUAGAUAGCCUCAUGCAUUUAUUACAUUUACAUAUGUAUCUGCAGA